UAACAGAUAAAAAUAUAAGAUUUUGAUAAGAUAAGGAGAAAUUUUGCGAUAAAUAUCGAUAAAUACUCAUUUAUAUAAAGGCUGUGUGUGCGAUUUGAUACGGUAUAUCAAUCAUUCGUGCACGUGUAACGUCAUAUUGAGCAAGGUGGAGAAACAAGUAUAAUGUAAAACUAAUACGUUAAAACUUUCAGUAAUUCAUUCAAAGUGAAAACUAAAAUCUUUAAACAUGAAGACACGGUUCAACACCUACGAUCUUGUAUGUUCGGUAACCGAACUGCAAAAGCUUGUAGGAAUGCGUGUCAACCAAAUCUAUGACAUAGAUCACCGUACGUAUCUCAUACGUUUCCAACGUAGCGAGGAGAAAUGUGUUCUCUUGCUUGAAUCUGGCAAUAGGAUUCACACAACAGGUUUUGAGUGGCCGAAGAAUGUGGCCCCUUCAAGUUUCUCCAUGAAGAUGCGCAAACAUUUAAAAAAUAAGAGACUGGAAAAGCUCAGCCAGGUCGGCAUGGAUCGCAUAGUUGAUUUGCAAUUUGGAAGCGGCGAGGCUGCGUACCAUAUAAUCCUGGAGGUGUAUGAUCGUGGUAAUAUAAUCCUCACUGAUUACGAAAUGGCGAUUUUGUAUGUGUUAAGACCGCACACGGAAGGGGACAAAAUUAGAUUUGCAGUGAAAGAGAAGUAUCCUUUAGACAGAGCCCAUUCCGAAACAAUGCCGUCUAUCGAUAAAAUUUACGAGCAUCUUCAGAAUGCCAAAGCGGGAGAGAGCCUUAAGAAAGUAUUAAAUCCACUGUUGGAGUUUGGCUCGGCCGUGAUCGAUCACGUUUUACUCAAAGCCGGAUUCAGUCUUGGUUGCAAGAUCGGUAAAGACUUUCGUGCGACCGAAGAUAUGCCGAGACUAAUUCUAGCGCUCGAGGAUGCAAACGACAUCGUGGACCACGCGAAGAAAAAUGUUUCGAAAGGCUACGUCAUUCAGAAGAGGGAAGCGAAACCUACUCAGGAUGGCGGAGAAGAUUUUAUACUCGCCAAUAUCGAAUUCCAUCCCUUUCUGUUCGAGCAGUAUAAGAACCAACCGUUCAAAGAGUUCGAGUCUUUCGAUGCUGCAGUGGACGAGUACUUUUCCACGAUGGAAGGACAGAAGUUGGAUUUGAAGGCAUUGCAGCAGGAAAGGGAGGCCUUGCAAAAGCUGGAGAGAGUAAAGAAGGAUCAUGACCAGAGAUUGAGCACGCUGGAGAAGACGCAGGAGGUGGACAAGCAGAAGGCAGAAUUGAUCUCGAGGAAUCAGACUCUGGUGGAUAACGCUAUCCUGGCCAUACAAAGCGCGCUGGCAAAUCAGAUGUCAUGGCCGGACAUUCAAGCUCUGCUAAAAGAAGCUCAGAGCAAGGAUGAUCCUGUCGCCUCCGCUGUGAAACAGCUGAAGCUAGAAACGAAUCACAUCUCUUUGCUGUUGCACGAUCCUUACGAGGACAGCGACGAAGAAUCCGAGUUGAAGCCUAUGAUUAUUGACAUAGACUUAGCCCACACAGCGUUCGGCAACGCCAAGAAGUAUUACAGCCAAAAGAAAUCAGCAGCUAAGAAGCAACAAAAAACGAUAGAGUCCCAGGGAAAAGCUCUGAAGUCGACGGAGAAGAAGACAAAGCAGACGCUGAAAGAAGUGCAGACUAUACACUCGAUUAAUAAAUUAAGAAAAACGUAUUGGUUUGAAAAGUUCUACUGGUUCAUCACGUCCGAAAAUUAUUUAGUGAUUGGAGGAAGGGAUCAGCAGCAGAACGAGUUAAUAGUAAAGAGGUAUCUGAAGGCAGGAGACUUGUACGUUCACGCCGAUCUGACCGGUGCGAGCUCCGUCGUGAUAAAAAAUCCCGGUGGCAAUCCUGUACCACCGAAAUCCUUAGCUGAGGCGGGUACAAUGGCUGUUGCGUACAGCAUAGCUUGGGAUUCCAAAAUAAUAGCGAGCGCGUGGUGGGUGCAUCACGAUCAAGUAUCGAAGACCGCACCUACUGGAGAGUACCUCACCACUGGGUCCUUCAUGAUACGCGGGAAGAAAAAUUAUCUCACGCAGAGCCAGUUAAUCAUGGGACUGGCCGUGAUGUUUCGGCUGGAGGACAGCUCGAUCGAACGUCACAAGGAUGAGAGAAGAGUGAGAGCUGUAGACGAGGAAAGCGAGAGAGCUGACUCGAUAGCCGAAGACGACAAGGAAAUCGAAUUGGAAGGUGAUUCGGAUGAAGAUGAAAAUCUGGAAAAUAAGGAUACAUUAAAUACGAUCCAAGAGGAGGAUCACUUAAGGGAAGAUCAAGAGGUAUUAGACUCGUGUAAAACAGAUACCAAUCCUAAUCGGGAUGCAGACGAUGAAGACGAUGAACAAGAUACGAAAUGUCAAUUUCCCGAUACACAAAUUAAGAUUGAUCUUUCAGGUCCAAAGGUGAGACUACACGUUGACAAUAAGCAGCCCUUAAUGCAAGCACAGAAUGAUACGGAAGAGAAUGUAGUUUAUUUAGGGGACGACAAGCCCGUUAUAAUAAAUACGUCAGCUAAGCAGAAUGAGAAAAGGAAGCAAAAGGGACCUCCGAAGGAACCAAACGAAAAAAUUGAAAAGACUGAGAAGAGCGAAAGUGAUAACAAAAAAGGAGAACAACCGGUGCUGAAACGGGGACAGAAGGGAAAGCUGAAGAAGAUGAAGGAAAAAUAUAAAAAUCAGGAUGAGGAAGACAGGCAACUUUCAAUGCUCGUCUUGCAGUCGGCAGGUGCGGCUAAGGAAGAUAAAAGGAAAAGUAGAGCCAAAGAUCCAUCAGGUCCGAGACAGCAAGGAAAGAAAAAGACAAAUCCAAAGCCAAACGCUGCAAUGCAACCUGUGCAUGCGAUGGACAACGACGACGAAGAUACGGGUCCAACUCCUGAGGUCGACAUGCUCGAUCAGUUAACCGGGAAGCCUUUCUCCGAGGAUGAACUACUGUUUGCUGUACCUGUAGUGGCGCCUUACAACACCCUACUAAAUUACAAAUUCAAAGUGAAAUUAACACCUGGUAUUGGAAAGAGAGGCAAAGCCGCCAAAACAGCCGUAGCCGUAUUUCUCAGAGACAAGGAAAUUUCUUCGCGCGAGAAGGACCUGCUAAAGGCAAUUAAAGAUGAAACGAUAGCUAGGAACAUACCUGGAAAAGUUAAAAUAAGUGCUCCUCAGAUUCAAAAACUGAAAAAAUAAUUAUUCUGUAAACUGUUCAUUUUAAUUCGGCUAAUCGGGAACUUGUUAUUCGCAGUAAAUUUUUUUUACAAAGGUACCUCUUGAAGAUCACGUAUUUCCUUUCAAUUACAUGAAUUAAACAAAUGUCGAUUGAGAAAAAAAUUACAGUAUCAGUUAUAAGAUUUUAAAAAGUUUUUAUAUUUUUUUUAAAUCGAAAUGGAAUAAUUGGUAGCAAUGUAGAAUAAUUUAAGGAUGAAAACUCACAUUCUAUUUAUUAAUUAAUGAUAAUUAUCUUGAAACUUUCCAAAUCUAAAUAUACUCAAGUUAAAUAUGUAUAAUAUGUAAAUAUGUAUUUUUUAGACUUGACUCUUAAACUGUUCAUUUUAACAAUAAGACCAUCAUUAUCUUUUUCUUUCUUGACAAAUGAAAAGCAUUCUCUCGAAUCUUAUAAAUCGGAGCAAUACUUUUUUGUGAAUGACUCAAUUACGUAAAUAUAAAAAAAAAACAUAUUCGAGACAAGAUUAUAUAAAAUGAACAAAGAUCGUAUACUGAGGAUACAUAAGAACAAAAAUUAUCUGAGUUCC